CCGGCGUUUGUUCCGCUUCCGGUUUGCGGGGAUGUUGCUAUGCGAUGUGGAGUGUAGCUGGUAAUAUGCUGGCCGGAUGCUGUCGUUCUUCACACAACAGCUGGAGGCUGGUGUGAGGAAGCGGCGCUGCCAUGGCGUCCGGACCGGGCCAGGUGCCCGGGGUUCAGCCCGGCGUGGAUGCUGUCGGCGCUGAACGGCUUUUCCGGAAGCCCAGGGACCCGACGGGCUCGUCUACACACUACAGACCGCCACGCUCACUUCCUGACGUCUGUCCCAAGGAACCCACGGGUGAGGCGCGUAGGCUGAGUGACGCUCCGUCCGUGGUGUCGGAUCAGCACAGGUGGACGGUGUAUAACUCUAAGGUGAAUCUCCCGGCGGCGCUGAACGACCCGCGACUGGCCAAGCGAGAGUCCGACUUCUUCACCAAGACAUGGGGCGUCGACUUCACCGAGGGGGGCGUGGUCUCAUCAUACAGCCUGCCGAACAUCACCGCAGAGCACUUCAACACUUACAGCAGUGACACCGCUCAGAGGGAGAAGAUCCACGAGCGGUGUAAAAACAUCUGUCCCAAUAAAGACGACCUGUCCGUCCCCAACAUCACAAACAACCACGAUAAAGCCAAAGAGGAGCUCGAGCAGGUCCCUAAGAUCUUCAUGAGGCCUGACUUCAUACUGAGCGAGCCGGCCACCUUUAGCGCCGUGCUGCCGUGGUCGCACUUCGGCGUGGCCGGGGGGAAGAGCGGGCGGGACGCCGCGUCGUCACGGUUACUGCAGGAGAAACUGAGUCACUACCUGGACGUGGUGGAGGUGAGCAUCGCCAGACAGAUCUCCCUGCGCUCCGAGGCGUUCUUCCACGCCAUGUCGUCCCAGCGCGAGCUCCAGGACCAGCUGUGCGAGGCGGCGAGCGCCGUGAGGGCGCUGAGGGAGCACACGGCCAACAUGGAGCGCACCAUGAGCCACGGGCCGCUGCGGGCGCUCCGGCACACGGUCACGCGCAGGAACUGCGUCACGCUGCACGGCAAGCUGAAGCUGAUGGCGGCGGUGCAGCAGACGCAGCCCACCGUGCAGCUCCUGCUCUCCACCUCCGAGUUCGUGGGCGCGCUGGAGCUCAUCAACACCACCAAGGAGGUUCUGCAGCAGGAGCUCCAGGGCAUCCACAGCUUCAGGCAUUUAGGUUCUCAGCUGUGUGAAAUGGAGAAGCUGAUCGAUAAGAUGAUGGUUGCCGAUUUCACCACGUACUCUAGGAGCGACCUCAACCGAACCUUUGAGGACGAUAACCAAGUGCUCGAAAAGGACCGUCUGCAGUCUCUGGUCUUUGGCCUGCUGAGACAAAGGAAGCUGGAUUUCCUGGACAUCUACAGCGAGGAGAUGAUGCAAGCGGCCAAGGGCAUCGUCAGACAGUGUGUGGUGACGGCAGUGUCUCAGAUCGAGGAGAUCGACACAGAAGUUGUGGUGAAGCUGCAGGAUCAGAUGAGGUUGAUGACGUUUGCUCAAUGGUUUGAGCUCCUGCAGAGCGUCUUCGAGCACUUCCUUCUGUUCCUCACCAGGAUCAAGGCCACUCUGGGCGUAAUUCGGAACGUGGUCCUGGAAAUCCUCGACAGCGGCCAGAGGAACCGCGCGGCGGACCCUUGCACGCUCGCCGACGGCGUCUCUGUGGAGAACGAGGAAGAGGACGAGGAGGAGUCGGAGUCGGGUCUCCGUCCCGGCGAGGCCGAGCUCGCCUUCCUUACUCACGAGGGGCUGUUCAUCAGCGACGCCAUAAACGAUGCCGAGCGCCGCAGCAACGGGCCGUCGACUCAGACCAGAGCACAGGCGAGGGAGGAAGCUUCCGGCAGCGACUCGGCGUCCGGCACUACGGAGUCGUCCUCCAGCAGGGAGCAGAUCAACAACAACAACACUACCUCCUCCUCCUCCUGCCUGCCCACAGGGGGCGCCACUGCACUUGAGGAUCUGAUGCCGUCUGAUCUGGAGCUGGGCAGAAUCGCCAACAACAUCCAGGAGCUGCUGUACACGGCCUCAGACAUCAGUCACGACCGCUGUGUCAAAGUCCUGCUGGCCAAGGCCAAGGACGGUUCUCUGGAGCGCGUGAGCUCGGCGGAGUUUGUGUGUGUGAGCCGCGCGGUGGAAGCCUUCGCUAAGGACACUGAGGCUCUGUGCUGCAGGAGGAGUGUGAGUCUCCGGGGGGCGCUGCAGAGUCAGGCCAACCGAUUCGUACACCGCUUCCACGACGAGCGCAAGACCAAGCUCAGUUUGCUGUUGGACACAGAACGGUGGAAGCAGGCUGAAGUUCCUGCUGAGUUCCAGCACCUGGUCGACUCCAUCGCUGACGGACACAUCACACUGCCUGAACGCAAACCUGCAGGUCCAGAAGAGAAGAAGCCGUGUGACUUCCUGCUGGUUGACGGACAGAGAUACGCUGUGGUCGGGACGGUGCUGCUGCUGAUCCGGAUGAUUCUGGAAUACUGCCAGUGUGUGAACGACAUCCCGUCCAUCACCACCGACAUGCUGACGCGUCUCUCAGACCUCCUCAAGCACUUCAAUUCCCGCAGCUGUCAGCUGGUGCUCGGGGCCGGAGCCCUGCAAGUGGUGGGACUGAAAACCAUCACCACCAAGAACCUGGCUCUGGUGUCUCGGUGUCUGCAGCUGGUUGUUCACUACAUCCCCAUAAUCCGAGCGCACUUCGAGACCAAACUCCAGCCCAAACAGUACAGCAUCCUGCGCCACUUUGACCACAUCACCAAGGACUAUAAUGACCAUAUCGCCGAGAUCUUGGCUAAGCUGGUGGCCAUCAUGGACAGUCUGUUUGAAAAGGCACUGUUUAAGUAUGAAGUAAAGGCCCCGAUGCCGUCACUGUGUUUCCGUAAUCUGUGCAAGCAGAUGGCCAAAAUGCACGAGGCUAUCCACGAGCUCCUUCCUGAGGAACAAACUCAGAUGCUGUUCCUGAGGAUCAAUGCGAGUUUCAAGCUUCACCUGAAGAGGCAGCUGUCUCGGCUCGGGGUGGUGAACGACGGCGGACCACAGCACGGGUUGAUGGUGGUGGACGUGGCCUUCUACUCGGAGAACAUUCAGGCUCUGAGAUCUCUCGAGCGCUUGGACUUGAACAUGCCCGAGAUCUGGGAGCAGAAGAGGUGAUGACGGACGGCCCGGCCCGGCCCAUCGGGUCUGAUCUCAUCUCAUCUGAUCUGAUCCGCUCCACCCCUUUCUCACUUCCUCUCUCCUCUUCCCAGAGUGUAUGAGGUCAGAGGUCAUACCGGAGGUGAACACUUGUAUACAAAACAAGACCUCUCUCUCUCUUUCUCUCUCACACAUACACACUUUUUACCUCCUUGUCCAGAACUGCUGUGACGCCUUUGUGUUGUUUU